AUGUUGAUGUUCCGGCGUCUUCGAGAAAAGGUUGUUCAGAGCUUGAAGGAGAUCGUGAACUGUUCUGACUUAGAGAUCUACUCAAUGCUUGUGGAGUGCAAUAUGGAUCCUUACGAAACCGUUAAUCGUCUCCUUUCUCAAGGACCAUCGGACAGUGGCUGGUUGGAGAACCAAGCGAAUGAAGACAGAUCUGAGGCGGAUGGAUGGAGGAACGAUGGAAACAUCUCAGAGUAG